AUGGCCGCAGGGAACGGUAAUGAAAUGAGCGCUGUUGUCUUGCAUAAAUGGGCAUCUCCUCCUUCUUCGAAUCCUUCUACGUCAGACCUCUCCUUCGACUUGGAGUGCUUAAAAGUAGAAACCUACUUACGACUCGCCGGCAUACCGCACGAGACGGAGGUCUGUCCCACGCCGUCAUCUUCGCCAUCAUCGGUCCUGCCGUGUUUGGAAGCUGGCAACGGAGAGUAUGCCGUCGUCGGUGGUUUGGGGGAUGAAAUCAAAAACGAUUCAAAAGUCGCCACGUACCGCAUAUUGCACCACUUGAAACACGAAUGUCAGAAUCUCAACGAAGGGCUCUCUGAGACAGAUAGAGCACGAGAUGUGUGCUUUAGUUCCAUAGCUAACGGCAUUCUCAAGGAAGCGUGCGAAUAUUUCACGUGGACGAACGAGGGUACUUUUAUAGAGAAAACGCGACCUAUGUAUGGGAGUAAGUAUCCUUUCCCGCUCAAUCGAAUCGUCCCGAACAAAUGGAGAGAGAAGAGAGGUGCGCCAACGUGCGACGAGAUUAAAGCGCGAGUGAUUGCGAGUCAAGCGUUCGACGUCAUAGAAACGAUGCUGCCGGACGAUACUAACGGAAGCGAUAAGUUGUUCGCGCUGGGUUCAAAUACUCCUACAAACUGCGAUGCGGAUUUGUUUUCAGUGUUGUACUACGUCGUAUUUUCAAACGCGACGGAAAGUCUUCGAGGUGAGCUCAAAGCGUACCCAAAAUGCAUCGCGUAUGUUGAGAACGUAAAGAAAUACGUGCAAGCUCGAAAACCUUUGAAUGCGGGAGAAGAUGACGGAACCAAUGUAGAUGGGAAGAAUAUUGAUCCGACGACUUGGCGCGACGGAGCACGACGGAAGAAACAACAAGGGUGGGUAGAAAAAGAGGAAAAGAGGAAGCUUUCGCCGGAGGAGAAGAAAAUGCGCCGUCAUGCAGUGUAUUCAGUUUUAUUUGCUCUUUCAUCGGUAGUUGCAUUCGUAAUGUUCAGUCCUGGAAUGACGAUGUGGUGCGUCAUCGAACGCGAUAGAAGAAGAUAA